AUGUCUGCGUCACCGUCUUCAGGCGGCGGAACAUCCGGCGCAGCUCCCUCUGCUCAUCGGCUGAGCACCAGAGUCUGCGACAACUGCAUUCGCUCUAAAGUCCGAUGCGAUCUAGGACAGCCGUCAUGCUCGCGGUGCUUGGACCGCGGCAAAAUAUGUAGCUACUCUACGACGCGUCGUCGGCCAGGGCCAGCUCCUGGCUCCGGUAGGGCCCCACGGGCAAUCCGUAAUCGAGAGAGGAGGCAUUCUGGUAAGAGCCGUCAACUGACUAUUCAAGCAUCGCGCUAUCUAAUCACUCGCUUUGAAGACAUAGAGGAAACCACCCAGCAGGCCGAUUCUAUCCUUGAGGACAUCACUUUUUCGGUUCCAGUUGUUUCGGAUCUACCAUCUGAAACCCCUGAAACCCCUGUCACUUCCCAUACAUCUAUUGGCAAUCGAUCAACACAAAAUCUAAACAUCUUGCCCGAAGAGGAAACGUAUCUGGCCGAUGAAUACUUUAAAUCAAUAAAUGAAUCCAUACCACUAUUCUCCGAGGCCGCAGCAUCAAACAUCCAACACACUCUAUCUACAUGCAGCCCCGAACUCGCCGAAGCUCUGCUUCUCAUCACAGCCAAACUCCUUGGCUUCAAAUUUUCAUCCCCUCAUUUUGACCUUGACGGUCGUAUAGACCUAAUCCUAAGCAAUACAACUCUUCAAGAAGACACAGCCGGUGACUUUCCAAGCCUUGACCUCUUUCGCAAGUUCUGCCUACUCGUCUUUUAUGAGUUCCACCAAUUCCCUGGCCAGCAAGCCUGGAUGCGCAUAGGAAAGAUCGUCCGGCUGGCGUAUUGGAUGGGUCUUGAUCGUCUAGACAUAAUCCAAUCCGUCUCCCCAGAAUGGUCCAAUGUGAGUGACGCGGACCUUCAGAACUGGAAGCUUGUCUGGUGGUGUGUGUACCGUCUUGACUCGUACGCCAAUCUCUCAUCCGGAACACCGUACCAAGUUGAUGAACGCCUUGUCAACACAUCUUUAAAUCACCAGGAUCAGCUUUCUCAAGGUUUCGUCGCUCCUUGCAGGUUACCCCACGAUCCGCGUAGUCUUCCUGACCUUCUCUUGUUUGUCAAGACCGGGAGCGAAAGCAGUAUCCUCUUCAACAUCCAUCUCAUCACCGUCACUGUCCUACGGCAAUUCGGCCGGGCAAUGAGUAUGCGCUACUUAGUUCCUCACGAGAUCCUCACGGCGAAUUUACUCGACGCAGAACGUACACUAUCUGCAAUACGUCUAGCCUUACCACGAAACUUCUUGAACCCUGGAAGGAACGCCUUCAUGAAUGAAUCAAACACAAAUCACCACGCGAGAUUAGUCCCAGUACUUCAACUACAUAUGGCUCAACUACUGGCUGCUCUUGCGAGCUGCUACUAUCUUCCAGAAGGUGAUGAUUGGACGCUUAGCUGGCAGCGUGUUCUGGAAACCUGUCAGAACAUAGCUGGGGUAGCGGAGAAGUGGGACAGCAAUUACACUCUCACCGUUGACCCAGCACUUUCGCUUAUCAGCUUAACGGCGCUUGUCUUUUUGGAUAUUCACAAGAAGUAUACUGAGAGUACAAACACACAUCUCAUAUCCGAGAUUGAGAACUGCGAACUUCUUCUGUUGCUCCAACUUGAGCAAUUCUCGGCUCAUUGGAAACUUCCGAGUUUACUAAUCCCUGUAUGGCUCAUCUCCUCCUAUGAAACUCCUCCAUGA